AUGACCCAAUUCCACAGGCAUGAUACCUGCGGUGUGAAGGAUGUACAAUCUAUGGAGGCAGUUUCUAGGCCUCUAAAUGAGGGAAUUGUCUCUAUCUGUAACAUCUGCAAGUCCCUCAAGAAAGCACAUAUCAGUCCCAACACUGACACAUGCUCCAAUUACAACCAAAUUAGGAAGCAUAUAGAGGAUGCUGAGCAGUGCCUGAAAACAUCUGAGACAAUGAUUAAAGAAAAACUGGGAUAUUUAGAUGAAAGCAUGGAGCAGCUUAUUAGAGAGAAACAAAAUGUUGAGCAGCAGAAAAAAGAGAAAAGUCUGGCCAUGGAUAAUUUGCGCAUAAAAAAGAAGUCUGCUGAGGAAUCAUUAGAGCAUUCCAAAGCAGCUUUGGAGCAGGCUGAAAGAAGUGUAGAAUCAGCAAAUUAUACCAUAAGAGCACAUCAAGACAGAAUGAACACAUGUAAUGAUGUAGCAACUGCAGGGGCAGCACUGCUUGCAAUACCAAUUAUUGCAUGGAUUGCUGGUCCAAUAAUGAUUAGUGAGGGACAGCGGGGAUUUGAAGAAGCUUCAAAUGCCUUGAGAGAUGCUGAAUGGGAGAAACAAAACUGUGAGUCUCAAGUGAGGAACUGGACUGUAAAAGUGUUUCGUUACGAGGGAAUCAUUUCUAAGACACAGACUGAAAUUGAGCAGGCCAAUGAAGCACUAAAGAGGAUUGAGAGGAAGACUGAAGAGGUUCAAGAGCAUCUAACAGGCACAGCUGAAAUUCAGGAAGUGGUCAGGAGAGCUGUCAACCUUCUGAGUGUUCUUAGUGGAAGAGUCACUGUACUGGAGAGACAAACACAACGUUUCAUCCUCUGGCAGCCUGUGGUAAAGUCCAUGGAAGAUGUGAUGAAGGCAAUAGUAAAUACUGCUGAGAAUCGGCUCCUCUAUAGUGAUGGUGCACCAGGCCCUAUAAAUACUUUGAGGGAGAAUGUUGGAGGAUUACUGGCUUUAUGCAACUCACCCAGUAAUUCUGAAUAUGACAGCUAUUACUGA